AUGAGAGUGGUGCAAGCCACUGCACUGCUCUCGGUCGCUACCCUCGUUCCAUCUGCUGCUGGGGUUGUUUUGCCUCGAGUAGCCGACUUUGGUCAGCAGAACCCGAGACGCUUUCCUCGUAAUGACACUGUGAUUGCUACUGCCCCAGAUGGGAGUACCACUCGCUUGUCACCAUUGACACAAGCGCCCCAAAUCACAGCAUCGUUACAAGAGAAUGAUAAUUCGUCUUUUUCAAGCCAGAUUUCUCCUGUCGAAAGCUUAGAGGUAGUCACAUUAGAGACAACCUCUAAUUCUUGGAGUGAAACAGUCAAGCUACCCUUAGCUACAGUACUGGACAACGAUUCGACAACUUCGUCGUUAAAGCAACAACCUCCUGCUAGUACUGCGAUAUCAUUGACAGCUGAACAACUGGUUCAUGACUUGGCCAAUUCAUCUACGAGUACUGAAGCUGUUAUAUCAACACAACAACUUCUCGAGUCUUGGUCCUUCUCACAAGUGGUUUCCGGGUUUACCACCUUGACUAAUGGUACUACUUUGCCUUCCUCCCUCAGUCAGAAUCGCGACCAAGACACCUUCCCGGUCGAGACACGGGAUACAAUCCAAGCUUCAAUACACGGGAGGCCACAUCAGGGCUUCGCCCACCCCUUAACCCCAACAGCACUCAACAUUACCAAUCCCCAAUCUCAAACCUGUGGCCCAGGCUUUAAAAAACCGUGCGACUGGAUACCUUCUGCCUCUGCUAGCUCAAGAGGAUGGAACGGCACGCAUACCCCUGGACCUUGGACGUCUGGAACAUUGACGGUGAUAGCACCAACGUCUUUGGAUCCUUGCACGACCUUACAGGAUGACGAGCCAGUCACAGAAUAUUCAAUUGUGUAUACGUCAACAGUGACUUUCUUCGGGAACAUCAGUGAAUACACGCCUCCCUACCCAACAAUCAGUACUCCAAUUUUUUGCGAGACAGAACCUGUUGGUCCAACACUAUCAAAGGAGCCAGGCAAUGUUGGCGGAUCACCACCCUCUUCAACCGAAUUAUCCCCUAAAGAGCCUCCGAAACAAUGCCCGUCAGGUCAAUCUUGCUCUACAGAAAAAGUCCCCGACUGGUCAAACCCUACAGCUGUUCCUGCUCCCGAGGUGCCAGGGCUAACUUUCUCGUCCAUGCGGUCAACGGUCACAUUUAUAACCACGGACAAGAAUCCGGCUGUCGUCUUCACCACAGACCCGCCUCCGCGCUUCGACAGGCCGACAAAGGGAGGCGGAUUACCCAUGAGUAAAAAGCAAAAGCCUGAGCCUACUGAAGGACCGCGCCCAAAUCAAAUACAGUCUUCUGAGGAUCACGGCAAGAUUAUUUCCCAGCCGAAGCCUACGUCAGGAGACCAGCCACAAGGCCAACCUCAGCGUCACCCGCAGCCCGGUUUUGAGCCUGGGUCUGGCUCUAAUCCUGAUGCCGGAUCGCAAUCCGAUUCCAGGCCUGGUUCUGGGUCCAAUUCUGGCUUUCAUUCUGAUUCCAGCUCUGGUCCUGGCUCCGGAUCCGCUCCUGGCUCCGAACCAGAAUCUGUCCCUAUCGCUGUACAAACCAAGACCUUUGUGGUGACAGCUAGGGGUCAGGAAGUCAUCGUUAAUGACAAGACUUUCUCGAGUCUCAAGAUGGAUCAGACUACAACAGUCACUGUCGAUCAUGGUACAUUUACGAUCCGUCCAACAGAAGUCGCUGGCGAAGGAGCAACAGUAAAAAAGCCACAACCUGUUGGAACUGCGGUCUCUGUUCUCAGUCCUACCAGCACAACCCUUGGACGAGUGCCCAUCACUAUUUCGGGAACAUACGCUUUAGUUGGCGGUACCACGCUCAAAAUUCCUCUCAUGGGCACAACUAUGAGACUAGCGAUUCCUACUCAGGGCUCAAAUACCUUGUUGGAUGAGCGGGAAAUCUUCAUUGCGCCUAAUAGAAUUGUGGUAGAUGAUGAAACUCUCAAGUAUCAAGGGGUAGGUGCUCCUCAAACAGAUGUGAUCAUAGAAGGUGGUGAGAUGGUUACUGCAGUUGGGCAAUCAGUCUUUGUCUUCCGGUCGACGACAUUGACUUAUGGGCCGGGUAUCCCCAGUACCACUGAGACGGUCGACGAUGAUGUUGUUAUAGUCGGGUCUGCAGGUGUCGUUAUUGAUGGCAUGACUCUUGGGGGCCCUGAGGCUCAAGCGAGAGAUACAAAGAAUCGAAUUGUCGGUGGGGCGACGAUUACCAAGGUCAAUCCUUCGUAUGUGAUCAUUGAUGAGACGACUUUUACAGCUGGCCCAGGUGCUAAGAACACCACAAAAGAGGCUGGAGGCGAGACUGUUACAAUCGGACCCGGCGGCAUUAUCAUUGGUACAAUAACGGUCAGAUACCCUUUUGGUGUUUCAACUGUUACCACUAUAGAAGCAAAAGCGACAGCAUCUGCAAUGUUGCCUGCAGCUACCGGGACCAAUAAUAAUAACAACGCCAAGGGGGAUAGUAAGGAUGAUGAUGACAGUGGUGCAACUCUUCUGAGGUCUGGGUUAACGAUGGGAAUGACUGGAUUAUGCAUAGCGAGACAGGCGAGUAUGCAUGCUUAUAGACUUCCAGUUCCCUCAACACGAUGCCCUAUUGUGAUUGUCUAUUGGCCCAUCAUCAACACAUCUCGCGUCGGCUCAUUAUCGGCAAAGUGGAAUCUCGGAAACUCGACACGGCUCGCGACUGUGCAGACACCUUGUGCACGGUCAACACCCUUCUCCCCCGAGUUCCAACCCUUCAACUAUAUGCAACAAGAGUCUCUCGAGCAUACAAAUCCUUUGAUUCAACGAGACAACCCUGUUAAAACACCAUCUUCCCAGCAUGGCCCCUUUCACCAUGUCCCGAGCGGCCUUCGCCGAGUCUAUUCAGGAGACUCAAGUGGCGCUGACACAGGCUCUGCACCAGCGCUCCAUCAAGACUCGAGCCAUGACGUCGAUGCCGACUUACUCGAUGAGGAGCUACGUCGAUUGAGUCUAAGACAUCACUCUUCUGUUCAACCUUCUACUCCAGGGCAGCGCAUCUCUGAAUAUGAGAAUGCAAUGACUCCGCCUACUCCAAAGAAAGCACUGGGUUUCAAGGUUAUUAAACGUUUUGAAACACCCUCUGGCGGAGUUCUACUCGAAGAUUUUCCGAAUGAGAUUCUGACACAUGUCUUCUCGCAUCUGCAUUCCGACUCCCAUGCUGCCAUCGCUCUUGUUUCGAAGCGAUUUUAUGCCCUUAUCACCAGCUCCCACGCCUGGCGCAUGGCCUUCCUGCGAUACUUCCCUGGGCACGAAGCACUCGAGGUCAAGAAUCGUGUGGAUAUCUGGUCUGAUAGCUCACACGAUUUGAUCCAGUCCGAGUCUCGAUACUUCACUCGUCUUACACCACUGGCAUCCUGGAGAAAGGAAUACCUUCUUCGCACACGCUUGGUUAGAUGCCUGGCUCGCGGCAAACCAGGUGCAUCCGUGGCCUCAGGUGGUAUUGGCGCAUCUGUUCGCAGCGGAAAGAAAACCAGUGCUGUUUUGACGUACAACUCGAAGCUGCCAUGGGCUGUAACGAAUGUACAUGCUGUCUUUACGAACGGCAAGAAACCGCCAAAGGCUAUACAUGGCGCUGCCGACCUAGGUGUAGCAUCAAUCAGUGAUCCUACCAAUGGACGGGUUGAGAAAUGGGGUUUCGUUGAUCCUUUCAACGCAAUGCAGCUCGAUGAGGUGUUCCCCAACCUUGUGCCCUUCGGCCUGGGAGAGGGUCCCGCGGCCACUCCCAACGUUCUCGAUGUUAGUCAACCAUACGGCGUACUUGCAGGUGAAGGAUUCCCAGGAGGUCGUCCAUACUACCGUCCUAUCGGCGAAAACCGUGGGCGAUACCUUGGAGGGGUUUCUGGUGUUGUUGAUACAUAUCCCGAUAUCCCCAAGAUCCCGGAAAUGUCUGAGGCUAUUUGUAGUGUGUGGUUGGCCAAGUCAGCAAAUGUGCCUACCAACACACAGUCGAUGGUUGGCAUGCUGACUGGUUCUACUCUUGGCGUUGUCACCUCAUAUGCUAUUGGAGGUGAUAAUGGUCCUCAACAUUACCAGUCUGGGGAUGUCACUGCUCGCUGGGUGCUCAGCCCUGGUGUGCCAAUUAUCUCUUUCAAGGUUGAUGAUAAUUACAGCCAGAAACGCAAGUCUACAGGGAGGAUAUGGGCUGUCGCCCUCAACGCUUUGGGCGAAGUCUAUUAUCUGACUGAGACACCGACUGCACAAAACCAAGUCAAGAGCGAGGAUGCCACCAAGAAUGCUUGGUUCGCUGGGCGAUCAGUCUGCUGGCAUCUCUUGGAUUCUACUCGGCGUGUUGCACGGCCAGAUGAAUUGGAUAAGAAUGCCAUCAAGGGUGCAUAUUCGCCUCGGUCACCUUCCAACUCCAUGAAUUUGAGUAAGCGUCAGCUGGCUGCUGAAGCACGAGAGAUUGAGAAGUUCCUUCGUCACAAGCCUGCGCACUUCCGAAGAGCCUGCGAAGGAUGGGACAUGCAACGUAAACUGGAAGUCGAUUUUGCCAGCGACGAUGCCCAUGGUGCAGGCGAGAACAUCUUUGUACUUGAUUGUGGCCUUGCCGAAGAUCGCCCUGCACACAUUGAACGUUAUACUCGGUCUCUGGUGCCUCAGGAUGCUCAAUCAUCUUCAGUCAUAUUGGCACCUACUCCACCUGCUCCCCCUAUGGCAAAGCAAAUAUCGCUCUUUGGUGCUACGAAUACGGAAACAUUGGAUGUUCAAGAAGAGAAAGCGUCGGGCUCUGCCUCUCCUGCUUCGCUUUCAUCGUCAGAUUUCGUAUCUCAUUUUCACGAAUGGGAGAGUUGUUCAAUGUCAUUGAAAGGCCAAAGCCAUGCUGUUAUUACCAGCGUCUCAAUAGACUGUUCUAAUACGGCAGUUUUGACGCUUGGCGAAGAUCCUCUAUACGCAACUGAGGACGAAAUUCCAGGUCGCCGUUCUCGCUUGUUUGCUGUUGGAACAGACGAUGGCGCUGUGCUUGUCUGGAAUGCUCGUGAGGAUAGCAAGGCCACAGGGAUUAACCCAGUGCGACAAAUUCAGACCGAGUCUCCGGAAGUGUCCUGUGUGGCUCUCUCAGCUAUGUAUGUUGUUCAUGGUGGAAACGACGGCCUUGUUCAAGCAUGGGAUCCCCUAGCAUCGACAUUGGAUCCUGUCCGUACACUCAAUGCGAGGUCCAACGGUCGAGUGCCCCGACAUAUGAUGACAAUGAAUCCCACCCUCGAUGAAUCAACUUAUUCCGCGGUCGGCGCUAUCUAUCUCGAUCCCGACCCCACUGUCCUUCGCGGUGUUGUUUCUUUCGGUGCGUUUUUGAGAUACUGGGCAUACAGCUCUGCCAGUCACGCCUCGGGACGUAAGCGUCGGCUCAGGCACUCUGACGUACAUGGGCGUUUGGUCAGUCGUCGCCAAGGCGGCACGGUUACCGGAUUCAUUGCUGCUGAGGAAGCUGAGAUCAAACGCGAUAAUGAACUAAAGGCCAGGGAACAAAACCGGCUGCGCAAUCGCUUUGGUGUUGGUGCACUUGGGGACUUGACUGAGGAAGAGGCUUUGCGAUACGCACAGAUGGUUUCCGAGGAGGCGUUUCUUUUCGAGGAGCUCCGCCGGACAAGUGACUCUGCUGCUGAUACAAGUCUAGACACUGCCUCGACAUUCAGCGAAACCACUGUUGACACUGUUACUCCUGAGCCCAGCGUCACUGAUAUGAUAACCCCGCCCUCUGCGUCAACAGAUAAUAUUGGCCGAGCGCCCGUCGAGGAUGACUACGAACAGCAAAUUCAGCAGGCCAUCCGACUGUCUCUGAUGGAAGGUGUCAACGAGAACGGCCCAUCGCCCCAGGCGGUAGAUUCGGGUGACUAUGAGUUUUCUCUGACAUACAAGCUGAAGUCCAACAAAAAAGCCAAGGCAUCAGGAAGUGUGUCACCGGGCGUUUCCAAGGCGGGAUCUUCAGGCCAUGCCGAGCCCAGAGACUAUGAUCUGGAACUUGCCUUGAAGCUCAGCAUGGAAGAUCAGGGCUUGUAUUCGAAUGAGCCGGGCGUAGUCGCUCAGUAUGAGGAGUUCCCAACUCUCGAAACUGAAGGCGUAGGUAAAGGCAAAGGUGUGCAGAGAUGGUGA